GCGGGGGGUUGGCCUCCUUUACCCAGCAAGGACUGCAGCACUGCCUAAAAUCGGAAUUGUGGGCAUGUCACCUCAGGUAGCAAAGAUGACUCAGAGAAACCAAAAAUACCACUAGAGCCACCAGAAACGGGAGUGUGGGCGGUGGUGACCACCCCUUCCUGACAGACCAGGGGUAAUGACAGCGUCUGAGGUGGCCAGGUCAGAACUGUGGCUCAGCCUCGUUAUGUAUUGAAGGAAGGGAAGCCCCGGAGGAGCCACUCUAGGAGCAGCCGCAGCUCUCGGGUCGGGGUCGGGGGUCGGGAGAGGUGGGAUGGGGGCCCCUGCGUCUCCCUGGAACCUCUCCGGGUGCUUUGAGCCGCUGUGAACCGUGCACAUGCGCUGCUGUGGGUGAAAACGGAACUUAAAAGAAAACAUGCCCGGCACAGUACAUUCUCCCAGUGUUAGUUCAAAUAUUUUAUUUUGUUUGAUUUUUUUAAAUGCAUUUUUCCAAGAUUAAAUUGUCACAGUGAAGACGAGGUCGUGCUGCUGCAGCCUCUGUCCUGCUGACGGGGUUCCGGGACAGACAUGUCGCCGGGAAUGAUGUAUCUCCUAGGGACCCUUAGUCUCCGGCAAGUGAUGGCAUAAAUGCCAGGAUGUGUUUUGCGAGUAAAAAUGUGAAACCCACCUCCACUGACCUGUCAAAUUGCAGUUCUUCACCCUGCAGACACCCGCAGGUCGUGGUGGAAGUUUCCUUUUCUUGGCCAGGUGUAGACAGCAUGUGUGUGCAGACCUCCAGAGCUGCUGCUGUUUCACCUCCAUCUGAGUGCUGAGGGCCACUUCACACUCACUCCCUUCUGUGUGGUGUGAUCCGAGGUGGGCGUGGGGUGGGGGAGUGAGGGGGAGGGGCACACGCAGCAGGAGCAUGAGACACAAGAGAGGGAUCCCGCCUGUGCCAAGGCUCUCGGCACAGAGGGGUCGUGGUCGGGGAGCACAGAGGUACCGGCCAGCUGUGCCUGAGGGGGACGGGGUGCGUUCAGCCUGGUGGGCCGGGAAGGGGUUCCCUGCUGUCCCAGGAGAAGGAGGUCCAGCUUUUCACACCCAGGCACGUGUGGAUGAACUUGAUACUCAGUAGAGUUCUGAACGCUCACCCAGACGCUCACUCUGCCAUCUCCAUCUGGGCCUGGUGCUCCGCGGUCACCUGGCUGUGACGAUGGCUGCUGAUUAUGAACAUUGACCAGCCGCCCACGCAGAACAUGAACCUGGGCCCCGGAGCCCUGACUCAGAGCGGCUCCAGCCAGGGCCUGCACUCCCAGGGCAGCCUGAGUGACGCCAUCAGCACGGGCUUGCCACCCUCCUCCCUCCUGCAGGGCCAGAUUGGCAACGGGCCGAGCCACGUGUCCAUGCAGCAGACGGCGCCUAACACGCUGCCCACCACCUCCAUGAGCAUCUCUGGGCCCGGCUACAGUCACGCGGGGCCCGCCUCGCAGGGCGUCCCCAUGCAGGGGCAAGGCACCAUCGGCAACUACGUGUCUCGGACCAACAUCAACAUGCAGUCCAACCCAGUCUCCAUGAUGCAGCAGCAGGCGGCCACGUCGCACUACAGCUCGGCGCAGGGCGGCAGCCAGCACUACCAGGGCCAGUCGUCCAUCGCCAUGAUGGGGCAGGGCAGCCAGGGGAGCAGCAUGAUGGGGCAGCGGCCCAUGGCGCCCUACCGGCCCUCCCAGCAAGGCUCUUCCCAGCAGUACCUGGGCCAGGAGGAAUACUAUGGCGAGCAGUACAGCCACAGCCAGGGCGCUGCGGAGCCCAUGGGCCAACAGUACUACCCCGACGGCCACGGCGAUUACGCCUACCAGCAGUCAUCCUACACGGAGCAGAGCUACGACCGGUCCUUCGAGGAGUCCACGCAGCACUACUAUGAGGGGGGAAACUCCCAGUACAGCCAGCAGCAGGCCGGGUACCAGCAGGGCGCCACGCAGCAGCAGACCUACUCUCAGCAGCAGUACCCCAGCCAGCAGAGCUACCCCGGACAGCAGCAGGGCUAUGGGCCUGCCCAGGGAGCCCCAUCGCAGUACCCCGGCUACCAGCAAGGCCAAGGCCAGCAGUACGGAAGCUACCGAGCACCGCAGACAGCGCCGUCUGCCCAGCAGCAGCGGCCCUACGGCUAUGAACAGGCAAGCUUUCUGGAUGUUUCCAGAUGUGCCCAUCCGCCACACCUGUCGAGACAUAAUGAAGAUUUCUCUUAUGGCCAUGAGGAAUAAUGAGCUGGAACUAACUGGCUUCCAGGGUUCCUUCCAGAAUGUUAAGUCUCUGAGCCUGUAAGGUUUUUCAGAAUUACCUCUGUGUAUACGCUCACCUCAGUCAUCCAGCUGGCUUUUCACCCCCUAAGCUCCCCGUUAGAGCUGCAUGCCUGGGUCUCACAUUCACUCUGCCAACGUUUGUCACGUACUGGGCACGCGUCCGGUCUCUGCUGAGUGCUUGGCGUGUGGCCGCGACACGAACCCUGCACUUUGAGAGCUUAAGUCUCGCUCGGAGACAUAAGGUGGUCCCACAGGGCCAGACUGUGCUGAGGACAGAGUGGGGGGCCCCAAAUGGAGCCCGCCUUCCAGGUGGGGGCGCAGGCGGCCGCAUUUGGCCGGUGUGGACAAUUCCAGGACAAAGGCACAGCGGGGAGUGGCUGGCAGCCCCAGGCUCAGCCCAGGGAGGGGGAAGCCCUUUCUGCCCAGGAACAGUGAGCAGGGCUUUGAAGGAGCUGAGGAAAGAGCAGCUUGGAAGAUGGAAGAGCGGGAGCUCUCGGGACAAUGAGGAGGCCGGUGUGGCGGGAGGUGACAGGGACAGGUGGGCGUGGGGGCUUCCAUAAAGCAGGCAUCGCCUUCCCUCUGAGUGGGAUAAGGCCCCUGGAGGAGGACAGGGUCUGUGUGGUGAGAGCACGCAGGAGCGAGGGCCUCCUAGAGGAAAAUGAGCCAGGCACAGGAAGAGGGUGUGCCAAGGUCCUAAGGCACCAGGGGGUUUGUGAAGGCACCAGUGAAGGCAGCCCGAAGGAGGCUCGGUGGCUGGAGCACGGGGCAUACGAAGGAGAAUGGUCUGGGACAUUUUUUGGAACCUCCUUUGAGAGAGUCCUUAGCAGGAAGUGGCUCUGUGUUGGUGACUCUGGGCUGGCCGGAGGGACACUUUACACUGCCAGUGAAAUUUCAAAGCACUACGUCGAUCAAGUUUGUUUUUCUCAGGGAAUUGGGUAGGUAAGAGGCCAAAUAUUGUUUUUUAAAUGCUUCUCGUCCUCCUCCUUCAAGAGGGCAAAGGGUCACCAGGUAGAUGUAGAGAAGCCUAAAGAUCAUGUAACACAGGCUCCCUGCCAGGGCGCAGUACUCAGAAGGCCACGUCUGGGAAGGGCACGCCGAUGAGGCAUUUACACAGACGUCAGGAGGGCUCUGGUGUGCUCUUGGGACACUGAGGCCACUGCAGCCGACGCCAGGGGCCGCCUAUCCCCAGUGUGUGCUGGGUGCUGGUCAGCGGGGAGCAGGUCCCAGCUUGGCCCUCGAGGUUUGCACAGGUCAUGCUGGAGUCUAGAAGGACAGCAGUCUGCAUCCUGAUGUUAAAUUAUAAUUAUUUGAAUGAUUCUGAUGAGACGCUGUACCUCCUUCAUACAGUCCUGAAAAUAACUUACUUGGAUUUUUGAAAUAAGUGAAUGUCCUAACUUAAUUAUAAGACUGAACCAGAGGACAUAUAACCUUAAUACCUACCCAUGAAAAGACCGUGACCGGUCGCGGUGGCCCAUGCCUGUAAUCCCAGCACUUUGGGAGGCCAAGGCAGGAGGAUCGCUAGAG